CAGAGAUAAGGUUUCAGAAAACACUGUGUCUCUUCCUCAUGUUAGCCAGAACGUCUCCUGUACACGGAUGGCUGAGCUGACAAGUUAUGCCGAGUGGAUUCUGAGAGAUUAAGAACAAUGAGCUGAGAUGAAUCUCUCCUCGACCCUUUGGAGAUUCAUUAUUAUAUUUCUCAGCUUUCCCAUCAAGCGUGGACCUUUGCUCCCUGCUGGCUGCCAGCACUUUAUUGACUCUGGCUACCUGACAGUAAAGCCAUCUCGACUCUUCCUCAUUGGCUCCAACCUCACAGUGACCUGCCACAUCCUGAAAUGUCAGAGCCAGAGUUCCACAAUUUCCCUUGCGGUUAAUGGUCAUACUGUGGCUCCUUGGAAGAAAGUCAACUGCACCACAGCGAUAUUCAGACUGUUCAAUGUGCAGAUACCACAAUCCAUAGUGCUCUGCAAGCAGAAGAGAGAUCAGCUGUCUAGGGUUGUCGCCGGACUGGACCUUCAUGGCGGGCUUCCUCCGGAUAAACCUGAAAAUGUUCUCUGUGAAAUGUCGAGGAGCUCAGCUUUUAUAAACUGCUCGUGGGAGGGAGGACGUGAAACACACCUCCUCACGACCUACAACAUUUCACUCAACAGAGAAAAUGGGACCCAGAUACUGUUCGAUCAAAUCCAGGAUGCUGCAGAAAUCACCAUACCCCGAGCAAAGAUAGAUGAAAACACUACACACCAGUUGAUUAUUACUGCUUAUAACCACUUUGGAGUGUCGCAAUCUGAUCCGUUCUUCUUCUGUGCAAAGGAUGUAGUGAUACCAGAAACCCCUCGUAUCACGCAGAUAGAGUUUGGGAAUAACUCCAUAGCAGCCUUGUUGCAAUGGGAAACUUCUGGAUCCUCAGAGAAUCUCAGAUCCGAUGUCCAGCUCCGCAGAAAUAAUAGCUCCUGGGAAGUGGCAGAGGGAAAAGAACUCUCUGAGGGUCUGAUUCAAGUGGACGGACUGAGGCUUCUGACUGAAUACGAGUUCCAGAUGAGAACAUGUUACUCCCCAUCAGGACUGAGGUCAAAUUCCAGCAAAGGGUCGUUCUGCAGCAAAUGGAGCCCAGCUGUUGGGUGGAGAAGUCCUGGAAAAGGUCCAUCUCAGCAGCUGUGUGUGUGGAGGAUGUUAGGCAGCCCGGGGACAAAUGGGCUGCGGAUGGUGAUGGUUUUGUGGAAGCCUCCAUCUCCAGACGAUUUCAGUGGCUCGGUGCAAAACUACAAGAUCUAUCUGGGUAACGACCAGAAACAGGAAGUGACCUGUCCGGCUGCUUUGAGCCGGUGUUCACUUCAGGUACCAGCAGAGCUCCAGGAACUAAGCAUCAGCACCGUCACCUUGUACGGGGCGUCUCCACCAGCUGAUGUGCCACUCAGACACUCAGGAGAUUUUGGGCCCGUUUUGAGAGAGUUGGAUCCUGCGGUUAAUGGCAGCUCCGUGUUCGUCUCCUGGUCGUGGCCGGGGAACAAACACCUGUCAACAUCUGGAGGAGAACCACUGCACUUUGUGUUAGAGUGGACAAGUGUUCCUUCGGCAGAGCUGCAGUGGCAACAAGUGGCUAAAGAGCAAAACAGCACUUUUAUCACAGGUCUGACUGCAGGUGUGAGGUACAACAUCUCUCUGUACUCUGUGACCACCAGAGGCGUCAGUGCUCCAUCAUCCGGUCUGGUCUACUCCAAAGAACAGAAGCCUGUGUCUGGUCCCAGCAUGUCAGUUCUGGUCCACAAGUCCAGACGGAUCCUGAUCCAGUGGGACGAGAUUCCUAUAGACAAGCAGAAAGGCUUCAUCACAAACUACACCAUCUAUCUCCAGAUGCUGGACUCCAGCAACACAAAACUCAGCGUGACGGUGCCCGGUUCCGGCCCCAGACGGAUGUGGCUGGUCUGUCCUGAAGGAGCUCUGGCUCUGCAGCUGACUGCGUCCACCUCAGCAGGAGAAGGGAAGCUGGGGAACUUGAUCUGCUCUCAGCCUGAAAGCCCUGCAGUUGACGUGGUGAUUGUGUUGGUGUUCAUCAUAACCCUCUUUAUAGCGAUCGUAGCCAACCUGAUGUGCUGGCGCUGUGUGAGGGAAAGGAUCAAACAGAAGUGUGUAACCUGUGGGCCUGCCUGGCUCCAUGAAAACUUACCAAAGCUAGGAAACAGUAACGCCAUCAAACUUCUAGAGCAGUAUGGGAGUGAACCGUCCUUCUCGUCCACACACAGCGACCCUCCGCUGUCGCCCAUCAGUUUCAUCUCUCAGGAGGAGAGGGAUGACGUGUAUCCGACCGUCCACGUCGAAAUAACCCAAGAUGGAUCGGGACCCACAGCGGAGACACCUUUGCUAAUGUCAGAUCCUGGGACCUUUCCUGUCGACAGACUGCUGGAACAUGUCAGCUACAAACCCCAGAUUGCUACCUCGGCUUCACAAGGAGAGGAGGGCAAGGAGACAGAGGACGAGCAGAGGGACCCAACGUCAAGUGGGGACGUGGACAAAUGUGUGUUUGGGGGAUUGCUUGGAGGCUCUUUGUCCAGUGUGGAGAUGGACUCCUCUGUUGCACCUCUGGGGCUGACCCUCAGCUCUGUCGGUCUUCUGUGGCCGAAAUCUCCCGAAACAACGCACUUAUUGAAUGGAGGCUUCCUACUGGAGAGGAGGGGGACUGAGAAUGAUGUGGAAGCGGACUCGCCCUCUCUGGAUUUACAACAGGGAGAAAUAAUGACUCCUGACACAGAGGACACUUAUUUGUCUCAGUGGACAGUUGAGACAACACUGACUGGUGGUUAUUUCCCCCAAGCAGCUGUAUCCAACACCACGCUGCUGGAGGACCAGGCUGGAGGGACGGGAGACGUGGGAGAACCAGAACCAGAACCAGGACUGAGUGGAGAAGACUAUCAGACCCUGCCGCAGUAA